GUCGACCACAGCAACAAGACAGCUUCAACAUUGACAUCCGGAACCAUGUGGGCAGCGCAGCUGGUAAAGUAUAACACGCCCUACGCCCUCUCGACCUUACCCAUCCCCUCAAUCCGGCCCAAUGAACUGCUCGUCCGUGUCUAUGCCGCAGGCUUCUGCCACUCCGACCUCCAAGUUCUCCAGGGCGAGCUCAACAGUCCAUUGCCAAUAAUCCCGUCCCAUGAGCCCGCUGGAGUGAUCGUCCAGGCCGGCGAUGAAGCCCAAUCGUGGAAGAUCGGAGAUCGCGUCGGGGUGUUAAACUUCAAAAAUGCCUGCUCGAAGUGUCCGGACUGCGUAUCCACGCAGAAGCGAUAUGGAACCUUGGAUGCGCGCUUCUGUCGUCAUCGCGAAACGGCUGGGUUUUACCAUGAUGGGGCAUUCGCAGAGUACAUCGUUGCUGAUGCGGCGACGACAAUCGCGCUACCGGAUUCGGUAUCAUUCGAACAGGCCGCACCGCUGCUGUGUGCUGGAGCGACGGUAUACGGGGCUAUCCAAAAGGCCGCUCCCUUCCUGCAACGCGGGGACACGAUCGGUAUCAUCGGAAUUGGUGGCUUAGGUCAACUGGGCGUGCAAUUCGCAACAGCCCUAGGCUAUCGCACUGUUGCCAUCGAUAACCACGACUCCAGUUUGCAAUUAAUCGAUGAUAUGCCGCCAAAGUUACGCCCAGAAGUCCGCGUUAAUUCAACUCGUGUCGACUCCAAGGAGCAAAUCAUGCAGUUCACAAACGAUCAAGGCUUAGCCGCGGCUGUCGUCUGUACAGAUCCAGUCUCAGUAACAGGAUGGAGUCUGGAACUACUGCGCAUCGGAGGAAUCUUGGUUCCGCUGGGUCUGCCCCCGGACAAGUGGCAGUUCGACUCGCAGACACUGCUGUUUCGGGAGUUGGUUGUCCGCGGAAACUAUGUGGCUGGGAGACAAGAGGUCGAGGAAAUGAUGCAGCUCGUUGCAAAACAGGACAUCAAGUCGCAGUUGACCGUUGUACAGCGAGAGGACAUUCCUAACAUUCCGGACAUGUACAAGAAACGAGCUUUCCGGGGGCGUUUAGUCGUCCAGUGUCAAUAGUUAGCAUUGCCAUGGAGC